GCCGUAACCAACCGGUAAUGUAUGGAUGAGUAUUCGACGACGUGAGUGCUGGAUAUCGGGAUUUGACAUGGUAGCAGUGUCAACAUGGUGAUCAGCCAAUCCAACCACAGUCAAUACCCUAUUUAGUCCCACAGCUACUUCCAGUCGGGAGCUGAUUCUCCGGUGAAAUGGUUCCUGUAUAGGUUAUCCACCAAGUUAUUUAGUCCUAGAUGGUGUUCACGUAGCAGGCUGCCGAAGAUAAACCGCGUGUAUGAUAUGCAAUGUAAAACUGUAAUAUGUCAAUUGAAGCCAACAAGGCUAAGUAUUGAUCGGAUAAGCGGUAUCUGGUAUCUUUUCAGCAUAAUAUCUGUGUCUUGUGGAAUGUUGAUCUUCGAGUCUCACAGUCAAAAAUGCAGUGUUCAUUCUAAUGAUUAUUAUCAUUGAUAGUGAUGAUCAUCGUAAUGAUCGUGGCAAUUAACCAACGCAACAAUGGUG